CUGACGACUCCACUCGGAGCGGAAGUGUCAAGUGUCAACACAUCUCAUACACGAGGGUGAGAAGCAGCCGCCGGGAUUUUAGCCUGCAAAGUAUUAAUAAAUGUAUACAUUUAAAUAACUAAAGUCUUUAUACUUACAUACAUGACUAUCGAUAGCAAUGAAGUUUGCUUAUAAGUUUUCAAAUCUGCUUGGAGCGGUUUAUCGUCAGGGGAAUUUAAAUUUCUCCAAAGAUGGCAACGCUGUAAUCAGUCCGGUUGGAAACAGAGUCUCCAUUUUUGACCUGAAAAACAACACAUCAGAGACUUUACCAGUUUCCACUACAAAGAACAUUACAAGUGUGGGUGUAUCUCCAGAUGGGAACCUGGCAAUCCUGGUGGAUGAAGAUGGCGCAGCGUUGUUGGUCAGUCUCAUCACGCGUGCCGUCCUUCAUCAUUUUCAUUUUCACAAACCUGUCAACAGCAUCCGCUUCUCACCGGACGGGAGGAAGUUUGUCGUCACCAAGGAGAACGUUGCGUUGAUGUAUCACGCUCCUGGGAAACAGCGGGAAUUUAACGCGUUUGUGUUGGACAAAAGUUACUACGGCCCUUAUGAUGAAACCACAUGCAUCGACUGGACCGAUGACUCCAAGUGUUUUGUGGUCGGCAGCAAAGACAUGUCCACUUGGGUGUUUGGUGCGGAGCGCUGGACAAACCUCAUCUACUACUCACUGGGUGGACACAAAGACGUCAUCGUGGGAUGUUUUUUCGAGAGAGACAGCCUGGAUCUGUACACAGUCAGCCAGGACGGGACGUUGUGUAUCUGGGAGAGUGACACCGAGCUGGACGGCCUCGUUUUGACAAAAAAAACGGACGAAGCCAAGAUGCCGUCGCAGGCGGACGACCAGGGCGAAGAGGAAGAAGAAGAAGAAGAGAAGGAAGCUCAAGAAGGGCAGGUCAUCCGAGGGAAACCUCAGAACUUCAAAAACAAGGAGAAAACUAAGAAUGUCCGAUACAAGCAGAUGAGCAAGCAUUUUUUCAACAAAGAAGGCGACUUUAAUAACCUGACAGCAGCUGCUUACCACAAGCCCACUCACAUCCUGGUGACGGGUUUCGCCUCUGGAAUCUUCCACCUGCAUGAACUGCCGGAGUUCAACCUCAUCCACUCACUCAGUAUUUCAGACCGCAGGAUCACUUCCGUAGCUCUAAACAACUCCGGCGACUGGAUCACAUUUGGCUGCUCAGGGAUGGGUCAACUGCUGGUGUGGGAGUGGCAGAGUGAAUCCUACGUUUUCAAGCAACAAGGACACUUCAACAACAUGGCGUCACUGGCUUACUCGCCAGACGGACAGUACAUCGCCACAGGGGGAGAUGAUGGAAAAGUCAAAGUUUGGAACACCAACAGCUGCCUUUGCUUCGUGACAUUCACGGAGCACACCAGCAGCAUCACCAACGUCACAUUUACUUCCAGUGGCUUUGUUGUCGUCAGCGCAUCCCUGGACGGGACGGUUCGAGCGUUUGACCUACACAGGUACCGAAACUUCCGCACGUUCACGUCGCCUCGGCCUGCACAGUUCUCGUCCCUCGCAGUAGAUGCCAGUGGAGAGCUGGUGAGCGCAGGAGCUCAGGAUUCCUUUGAGAUCUUCUUGUGGUCCAUGCAGACCGGAAGACUUCUGGAGGUUUUAGGUGGUCAUGAGGGUCCCGUCAGCUGCUUGUGUUUCAGUCCGGUUAAGUCCAUCUUAGCCAGCGCCUCAUGGGAUCGUACAAUUCGGCUGUGGGACAUGAUGGACAGCUGGCAAGUGAAGGAGACGCUUCACCUCACCGCUGAUGCUUUGUCAGUGGCUUACCGCCCUGAUGGUGAAGAGUUGGCAGUUGCCUCUUUAAAUGGCGAGAUCUCUUUCUGGAACCCCAACACGGCAGCGCAGGUCGGCUCAGUGGCAGGACGUCACGACCUGGAGACAGGCCGCAAGGAAACUGAUAAAGUCACCGCCAAGCAGAUGUCCAAAAGCAGGUGCUUCACGUCACUGUGCUACUCUGCCGACGGGGAGUCCAUCCUGAGUGGCGGCCAGUCCAAGUUUGUCUGCAUCUACAAUGUCAGGGAGCAGAUGCUCAUAAAGAAGUUUGAGAUCUCAUGUAACCUGUCCUUCGACGCCAUGGAGGAGUUCUUGGACCGACGUAAGAUGACUGAGUUCGGCAGCCUUGCCCUUGUGGACGAGGGAGCCGGGGAUGGAGAUGGGGUCAACAUUAGUCUACCUGGGGUCAGAAAAGGGGAUAUGAGUUCCAGACACUUUAAGCCUGAGAUCAGAGUCAGCUCACUGCGCUUCUCUCCAACAGGACGGAGCUGGGCAGCCACAACGACCGAGGGCCUGCUAAUCUACUCCCUUGACGGAUCGUUGGUGUUUGACCCAUACGACCUUGACUUGGACGUGACGCCGGCCAACAUACGCACACAACUACGACUUGAGCAGUGGGCUUCAGCCAUUGUUCUUGCAUUUCGCCUGAAUGAAAAGGCCCUCAAGCUUGAGGUGCUGGAGACCGUGCCGCACGAGCAAAUUCCAGUUGUCUGUGCCACGCUCCCAGACAUUUAUGUUGAGAAGUUGCUUGGCUUCGUGGCAACGUGUUUGGAGAAAUCGGGUCACUUGCAAUUCUACAUGACUUGGGCUAAGAACCUGCUAAUGCUGCAUGGACAGAAACUCAAGAACAGGUCAGGAGCCAUUCUUCCCACAUUGCAAGCCCUGCAGAAGAGCAUCCAGAGACAUUCAGACAAUCUGUCCAAACUCUGUGAUUUCAACAUGUACAACAUUCGCUAUGCUGUGGCUCUGUCCAAGCAGAGGGGCAUGAAGAGGGCAGCUGAGGGGGAGGGAUAGAACAGCGAUGAACAGUCUGAUGCUGAGAUGAUACUUUAGGCUUUGUAUCAUUGCCACAUUUUUUAAUAAUGAUGCCUCAUUUUUUAAAUAAACGUGCCACAUAUAUAUUUAAA